AUGCAUUUAGAAUAUUUUUUGGCUCUGACAGGUGACCGCGAUAGCAAAGAGAUUCCAGUUGCUAGCACUGAAUGGCAAGACAUUCCGGAAAACAUUGAGAAUCCUACAAAGGAUGAUUUCCGUAUCUCUCCUUUCGAGAGUGAGGAGAUGUCUAAAGCGGACAUGGCUGCAGAUUUCAAGUGGCAGGCUUCAUUGUCGCAUGGAGCAGCCAAGGUUGCAUUUGCUCUACCUCAAAUUGGCGCUAAGAUCCAGCCUUUGGGGGGCGAGAAAGACAUCACAAUGGGUGGAGAGCAAGUUGAUAAAGCGCUUGAAGCAUACGCCUGGGUCUUGGAGCGCGGUGGUGAAAAGGCCGAUAUGGACUCGUCAAAGGCCGGUCGCAAGGCGGUGGCAAUUCGGCAGCUACAGGAGCGACGACUUCAAGCCAACAACCUCGGAUGGGAACUAAUGCGGAUUGAUAAGGAUAUCACUGUAUUGCGAGAUCAGCUUGAUACCUACCGUGCAGAUAUCGAGGCUCAGAACGCAGAGGUGGAAAGUGCCGAAGCCGAAAAAGAAUGA